AGGAGGAUCCGCCCACUUGGGAAAUCCGGCUUGUUUGGUAGAAGCGGGACGACGACAACAAUCAAUUUUACCGAGUUAAAAGAUAAAGUGUUAAUAACCGGAGCUGCAAACAGCUGACGGCUAACGGACGGGCCGACGGCGAGUCCCCUCGGGUUCAUGUAAACCGACCACAACCUCCAGUAAGUGGUGAGAUGGACGUGGACGUCCUGGAGUUUGUGGUUCCUGUGGACAACAACAAGACUUUGUUUGUGUGGGACAUCCAGCCGACUCUCGCUGAGGAUGUAAUCUAUGACAGGUUGUUUGGUGUGUUCUCAUCCUUCGGGCCUCUCUACCUGGUGAAAGUGAGUCCUAAUGCUCCUCUCCACCCGCCCGGCUUCUUCGCCCUCAUCAAGUUCUACUCUGCUGCUCAGGCCUUGAAGGCUCAACAGCUCACUGACGGACGCUCGCUGUUCCAGAGCUCUCCACUCAAGGUGAGGCUGAGCUCCAAACAGACUCCACACUUCCUGUCUCGCAACAAACCUCUGGGCCACGCCCGCUGCCUGGAACUGGCCAAUCACUGCCUUGGGUUCAACGGCUGGACCUCUGACAUCAUCGCACUGAAGGAGCUGACCAACGAAGAAGAGGAAGGCGAGGAGGGUGGAGGAGUGAGGCGGAGGAGGCUGAGGUUUGGUUGUCUGCUGCAGCUCUCCUUCCCGCAUCACAAGCAGACGACCAGAGGAGCAGCUGUGGUGGAGGACAGCUUCACCUGCACAGGUCCAGAUGUUCUGCUGCAGAGGCGCUGUAAACUACAGAAGCUGGUCAGAGACAGAGCUCUGGUUCAGGCCUUCACCACAGUACUGCUCAUACUACUAGGAAAUGGUAAAGUGAUGGUGGAGGUGAAACGGACUUCAGAUCAGUUUCUAUUGGAGCAGAGUGAAGGCGUCCUCCAGGUGAAUGAGUUUUGCCAGAGUGAGUUUCCUUCUGAUGUAGAUGAGGGUGAAGAUGAAGAGUGGAAUCUGACCGCAUCGUAGACACACAGAGGAUUGUGGGGUGACUGGGUGCAGUAUCUGUGAGAGGAGGAGUUGCAGAAGAGAAGAGAGAUGCUCGUCCAGCUGAGGUUCACCUCCAUAAUGCUGUUUAUCUGCCAAAAGCUGUCUCGAUGUUCCUCCGCCCGGUCGGAGUGAAGUUCAGGUCUCCUGCAACUACCAUGAAGCCCUGCACACAACACAGGUGUUGAAGAAUAACUGUUUUUAAACCAACCAAGUGGGUGUGGUGACUCUAUAACUACCUCACAGUCAAAUCAUUUCUUUUGCUGAACUGCAAAUCAGAAGGAAAGCACAGAUAUUUUAGUUUCUGUGAAUCUCUACAGCAGUGAUUUAGAUGUAGAGUCACCACAGCCAGUUUGAGGGCACAGAGAGUAAAAAAAACAAAAAACAACCUAAAUUAUCGUUUAAAAGAUGAGGUCUGUCAUUUCCUCUGUUCUCAAAGGUCCCCACACACAGACUGAAAUCAGCCAUGUGGUUCUGAACAGUGCACAUCUGGCACAAAGACAUUAAGCAACAGCAGGUCAGGCUUAGGCUCAGCCUCUGUAUGGGGACAGUUAAAACACUUAAUAUACAGAAUGACCAGGCAGGUGUACUGAAGUGGUGGAGGUGUGCACAGACUCACGUCAUGAUACGUCACCAUCCCCUGAGUGAAAAUCACGCCUUGAGGCAGGGGAACAGGCAGAGCCUGUCCAAAGCAGCCUACAGAUAGAAAAAGCAGGGUCUGAGUUCGAUUCCAUGUGGGGUGUUGCCGGUACUGCUAUACAGUGAAGUUCUGUGGUGUGAUAGUGGUAAUUACCUCCCAAGAAGUCAGAGAGACUGUCCGACAGUUUGGUGUUCAGAGGCCGCACCUGCUCAGCAACAUCAUCAUCAUCAUUAUUAUUAUUAUUACUACCACAGUAGUGCACGUGGAUCCCAUGAGAAGAGUGAAGACAAAGGUUCUUACCAAAACGUCUCUCACUGCGUUCUUGGUAACAAUGGAGCAUCUGAUGAGAAAACAUUUGACAGUGACUCCUAUGUGACAUGGCGCUUUGUGUGUACAGAGUGUCAGUGUUUACCUGACAUCUUGAUGAGGAAGAGUCAGAAGAUUUCCCUGAAUACCCGGCUUCCCACUGACUUGACAGAUCUGCAGGGGAGAGACCGACAGACCGAAUAAAUACUGGCUCUGACCACAAAUUAUUUUUAUCAAGAUGAAAUAAACAGUGAUUCUAA